CAGCUGGUCUAAUAUUCUAACGUGCAUGCGUCACGAUAGACAAAUAAAAUUGCAUCUUCCGGUGGUGUAACGAAACUCGUCUCAUUUACAAAGUUCUUCAUUUAUUUAUUUUUUUCAUUAGUAAUCUAUUUUUUUUUACAACAAAUGAUUUAUUAAAUAUCCUAAAUAAAAAUACGCAUUUAGCAAGAAAUAUUUAGCUGUGCAAAUACUUGAAGACAAGUUGGCAAUCCAAGUAUUCUAAAUAUAAUUUUCAAGUAAUUAUAACUCUGUUACAAUUAGAACAAGAAAAAGUUUGCAAGUAUCUAUUUUCCUAAAAAAUUGUAUACAAAAACUAUUCAUCAAAAAUGAAGUAUAUGAAAUUAUCAUCAGGUUAUGAAAUGCCCAUUGUAGGGCUUGGUACAUGGCAGUCAAAACCGGAAGAAGUGGAAAAUGCUGUGACAACUGCUUUAGAGUGUGGAUAUAGACAUAUUGAUACAGCAUUCAAUUACAGAAAUGAAGAUGCAAUUGGUAGAAGCUUAAAGAAGUGGUUCAAUGAUGGAGGAAAAAGAGAAGAUUUAUUUAUUACAACUAAAUUACCACAUUUCGGAAAUAAGAGUUCAGAAGUUGAAAAAUACUUGAAAAUGUCGUUGGAAAGUCUUGGAUUAGAUUAUAUCGAUAUGUAUUUAAUUCACAUGCCUUUUGGAUUGGUUUGUGAUAAAUCCAGUUAUGGACCUUUGAUAAAUGAAGAUGGGACAUAUGAAUUAGAUCUUGAAACUGAUCCCGUAUCUAUUUGGAAGGAAAUGGAAAAACAUGUUGAAGCAGGACGUAUAAAGUCUAUUGGAUUAAGUAAUUUUAAUGAAGAUCAAGUUAAGGAAGUGUGGGAUAACUCAAAAAUUAAACCAAGUAAUUUACAGGUAGAGCUUCAUGCUUAUCACCAACAAAAAAAAUUACGAGAAUUUUGUAAGGCCUAUAACAUUAUUGUGACUGCAUACAGUCCAUUAGGAUCACCUGGAGCAAAAACAUACUUUGAAACAAAGUAUAAUUACAAGCCAGAAAAAUACCCCGAUUUAUUAGAACAUCCAGAAAUACGAAAACUUGCUACGAAAUAUAAAAAAGGUGAAGGACAAAUUCUACUUCGACACUUGGUGCAAGAGGGAAUAGUAGUGAUUCCAAAAAGUACAUCACCACAAAGAAUUCGAGCAAAUAUUGAUAUUUUCGACUUUGAAUUAACACCUGAAGAAAUCAAAAUUUUAGACGAUUUAGAUGGAGGAUCAGCACGACGGAUUUUUACAUUUUUAUUUUUUAAAGGGGUUGAAAAGCAUCCAUAUUAUCCAUUUAAAAGUGAAUUAUCAAAUGUUUAAUGAAUUAUUCAUUUACAUUUAAAAAUUCAUGAGUCUCACAUGCCUUUAAUUGUAUAAAAAUUACAAAAAAUGAAAUAAAAUAAAUUCGAUAAAA